AUGGACAGGGCGAGGUGGCAACGGACACUGACACUCUUCCCCAUCUGCCUGGCCCUUGCCUUCUCCCUCACAGCCAUGGGCAGCAGCCACUGGUGUGAGGGAAUCCGACGAAUGACAAAACCUCUAUGCCAGGAUCUCCUCAGGGGCUCAAACUGCAUUCACUUUAGCCAGGCCAGCAGCAGCACAGGCAGAAGGCUCGAUGACAGCAAGGCCGUCCAGUACAUCUGGGAGACAGGGGACGACAAGUUUAUCCAGCGCAGGUUCCACGCAGGGCUUUGGCAGUCCUGUGAGGAAAGCCUCAACAGCACAGGUGAGCGGUGUACGUGCUUCCUGGGAAUAGUGCCCACUGAGGGGCAAGGAGUUCUAUGGCUCUCCAUUGGGGCCGAAGUCUUGGAUAUCUUCCUGAUACUGACAGGUGUCCUCCUCCUGGGCUUUAGCGUGAGUUCUGGAUGCAGCCGGCUCAAUGUGGAUGCCUCAGUGGCUAUCCUCAUGGUGCUUGCGGGGCUCCUGGGCAUGGUGGCUCACAUGAUGUAUACGACUAGUUUUCAAAUCACUGUGAACCUGGGACCCGAAGAUUGGCGGCCUCAGACAUGGGACUAUGGCUGGUCCUAUUGCCUGGCCUGGGGAUCUUUCGCUCUCUGCAUGGCUGUGUCAGUGGCGACCAUGAGCAGAUACACCACAGCCCAGGUGGAGAUGCCAAGAGCGCAGAAAGGCAGUCCGUACCCUCAGCACAGCACCCCACAGCCCAGGGCUUCACAGAAGGUUUGGCAAACAGGAGCUGCUCCCCAUCCUGGGGGACAAGUCUUCGUGAAUGUUCCUGGGCACCAGCCCCCAGGGACAGGAGGCAAAGUGUCCAUGUGCUAG